AGUAAAAAAAAAAACAAAAACAAAAACAAAAAAAAACAAACCCAGCAACAAUCACGUAAACACCAUCGACACAAUGAAGGUUUCAGUCUCGGGAAAGCUCUUCACAGUGGGGUUGAUAAGUUUCUGGUACGCCUCCAACAUUGGGGUGUUGCUGUUGAACAAGUACCUCCUGAGCAAUCACGGUUUCAGGUACCCUAUAUUCUUAACGCUGUGCCACAUGAUGGCGUGUUCCAUUCUCAGCUACGUGGCCAUUGCAUGGCUGAAGAUGGUUCCCAUGCAAACGGUGCGGUCGAGGGUGCAGUUUCUGAAGAUAUCGUCACUGGGACUCAUAUUCUGCUUGUCCGUUGUGGGAGGCAACAUCUCCCUCCGCUACCUCCCCGUGUCCUUCAACCAGGCCGUCGGCGCCACCACGCCGUUCUUCACGGCGGUGUUCGCUUAUUUCAUGACGCUAAAGAGGGAGGGCUUGCUCACGUAUGCCACACUCGUCCCGGUUGUUUCUGGCGUUGUUAUUGCUAGUGGGGGAGAACCAAGCUUUCAUCUAUUUGGAUUCAUAAUGUGCAUCAGUGCUACAGCAGCCAGGGCACUCAAAACAGUGCUUCAAGGGGUCUUGCUGUCUUCUGAAGGGGAUAAGCUCAAUUCUAUGAACCUUCUUAUGUACAUGGCACCAGUAGCUGUUGCAUUCCUUCUUCCAGCUUCAAUCAUAAUGGAGGAAGAUGUAGUCGGCAUCACAAUUUCACUUGCUAGAGAGGAUUCAAGUAUUUUGUGGUUACUUCUCUUCAAUUCUGCAUUGGCAUAUUUUGUCAAUUUGACAAAUUUCUUAGUCACAAAGCACACCAGUGCAUUGACACUUCAGGUCCUGGGAAAUGCAAAGGGAGCUGUGGCUGUUGUUAUCUCCAUUUUGAUAUUUCGAAAUCCUGUAUCAGUGACUGGAAUGUUUGGAUAUUCUCUCACAGUCAUUGGAGUCAUCCUAUAUAGUGAAGCCAAAAAACGGGGUAAAUAAGUCAUUAAACCCAAAUUCUGCAUGCCCCGUUGGAUCAAUAUUAUCCACUCCUCAAACUGCUGAUGCAACCAGUGGAAGUGUUUCCUUACAAAAUGCAUUUAGAAUUUAAUUAAUCUUUCAUUGAAACUGUAAAUAUUUUACCCUUCAAUCGUAUUUAGACAAUUUUUUUAACAAAAAGUAGGAAGGAAACUGUUAUUUGCUGAUCAGUAGUGAAGAGAAAUCAGCCACGUUGCUGAUAUAAGUUAGGGCUCUGGCUUGGAAUAUGUUAGAAUUUAGUGGAGGCCGGGGAAAGAAUUAGAGUGCAUGUAACAUUAGCCCUCUUCUUUUAUCUUUUGUAUGAUAUUUUGACUUUCAAAUUUAAUGGAAACUGAUGCAAUUUUGGAAAAUUCAUGCAAUUCAAUAUCUUUUAUAUUUGGGCAGCUCAUGUGAUGAACUCCUUUGUUCAUUUCCGUCAAA